AGUGUCGCAUUUGUUUACCAACAAAAACAAGAUCGUAAAUUCCGGCGCAAAAUAAACCCUAUCUUUUUUGGCGUAAUAAAUGUAACAAAAAAGUGUUAUUUGUUGUAAUUGAUCGUGUUUUUUAAAGAAAUUACCGUUUUACGUGUGUGUCAAGUUUGUCCAUAGAAUUACUAGAAAGCAUGACCUCCCACUGGAGUGUGGAAGAAACGAACCUGCUGAUCCGCAAGCGGAUGGAACUGUUUGGCUGCUCCCGGCAGGAUAAGGUGUACGAUCAGAUUUCCCUCUUUCUGGCCCGGAAGCAUAAUGUUGUGCGAAACGCCGCCGCCUGUCAGACUAGAUUCAAUAACCUGCUUAAAACCUAUCGUACCUGCGUUAGGCGGAUGGAAACUGGUGGGAGCACCACCAAGAUGCGGUUUCCCUUUUUUGAUGUCUUUCACCAGCAUUAUAGCCAGCUGGAGAAGGCCGGCGAUGGUAGGGUUGAUUUGGAAACAUGCCCAUACAGCUCGAAGUCUCAGCGAAAUGUUGUUCCAUCUUCAGACGCAGCCAGUAGUAAAUGCAAAUCGGAGGUUUUCGACAUGGACACCUUCGAGGACAGUUCGUUCGCUGAUGUCAGCGGAGAUGACGGUGGUCUGCUGAUGGAUGCGAUGCAGCAACAGCAGACGGAAGAUUGUGGGUCCCCUGAAAGCCAUCACCACCACCAACAGCGUCAGCCGAUGGCUGAGGAUGAAUUGACGACAUCGCUGACGGCCACCAACGGGCUCGAGGAUCUGAAACAACGACUUAUGGAGCAAAAGCUCCUGUACUACACCAACCAGAAUAUGCUGCUGCACAUAAAACAGGAACACUACCGGCAUAAGGAUAGCGAACGCGCCAGGGCCCAUCUGCUGGUGGAGGAAAUUCUGCGGGUGCUGAAGGGCAUCCACUCGUGUUUGAAGGCAAAUUUCGAGGAUAAAGUGUCGGAAAAAAUCGAACCAAAGCAGCCGAGCGCGGAACCGGAACCACUGAAGGAGGUUAAGGUACAACGUGAGGAAGAACCCUUUCCCGUGGAAGAGGAGGAAGUGGAGGAAGAAGAGGAAGAGGAAGAGGAAAUAGAAGAGGAAGAAGAGUACGCUCCCUGUGGGGAGGUUCCGUCCGCGGUCGGGGGAGAAAGCAGCAGCCAGGAGCCGGUAGGCAAGGCGUACGAAGUUGGUCGACUGAAGGUGCGGAAUAAUAUUUUUCCACCCUGGAAUCGGAUUCAGACGGUGCUGCUGAUAAAAAUCCACUGCGACCUGAGGCCUAAGUUCCGGGGGUACAACCUGUUCGAGUGUGUGUCCAACAAACUGAUCGAGCUGCAUAUAAAUCGAACCCCUCGAGACUGUCGAAUCAGGUGGAAUAAUCUGUUUCGAACGUACAAGGACUGCCGGAUGAGACUGAGACAAAACGAUAAAGCAUGUAUAAAGUUCGAGUAUUUUGACGAUAUUGACUCCUAUUUUAAGGACAAGGAAGUUUCAGCAUUAUGCUAGGUGUCAGUUUAGAUAUGUGAUUUUUCUUAAACUAAUUAAUAUAUUAUGUACAACUCUGUUAUG